AUGCCCCCCACAAGCUACAAGAGGUACCCGCAACAAGUGCGCGCGUGCAUCCUACGCGCAGCAGAGAAGGCCAAGGACUGGAAGACGGUGGCAGCGCUCCAUGAUCGCGGCAGCUCCGAGAAGAAGAUCCAGGUCGUGCACGUCGCUUACCUGCUCAGCGAGCUCGCUGCUACGCCUGAAUUGACGCUCGUCCAGAUGACGGAGCUCGUUGAGCAGACGUUUGACGUGCGCAUCAACCGAGAGACGGUGCGUCGCGCCAUGGACGCGCAUCGCUUCACGCUAAAGAAGCUCCACCGCGACGUCGUCAAUCGCAACAGCGACAGCAACAAGGGCUGGAGCAGGCGAGGGCAUCGAGCAGGGCAGACGAGUGUGGCGAGCAAAGGUAAGAACAUCCAUGUUAUUGCUGUUAUCUCCAGUACAGGUGUGACCUACCAGGAGUCUCAGUUCGAUUCGUUCACGUCGGAGCUGGCCAACGAGUUUAUCCGGCGUUUCCUUCGCCAUAUCCACGUGUUUGAAGAACCAGAAUCUGCGGGAACCGAGAUGCUGAAGCUUGGGCCAUACUCCCCCAUGCUGAACCCUAUCGAGAACGUGUUAUCGGUGUACAAGAGCGUUGUCAAGCGCUUUCUCGCGCGGCAGCGCCCGGCCAUCCUCCGCGUGCCAGAAGGAACGACCAUCACGGAGCACCGCGCUGGCUUCCUGGAGCUUGCAGCAAACCCUCUCUUCGCUGAAGUUGUCACGCCAGAGUUGUGCAACCGAGCGUUCUGUCACUCGUUGCCUCACCACCAACGUGCCCUCCGCUUUGAAGACAUGCAAGUUGGAGCUUAA